CUCCAAGGCAUUCCUUGCUCACAAUGUAUAGAACAAAAGUCAGUUUGAAAGACCGUCAGCAACUUUAUAAACUGAUAAUUAGUCAGCUGCUAUAUGAUGGAUAUAUAAAUAUUGCUAAUGGCUUGAUAAAUGAGAUAAAACCACAAUCAGUCUGUGCACCAUCCGAACAACUGCUGCACCUAAUUAAAUUAGGAAUGGAGAAUGAUGACAGUGCUGUUCAAUAUGCAAUUGGACGGUCAGAUACGGUAGCUCCAGGCACAGGAAUUGACUUGGAAUUUGAUGCAGAUGUACAGACCAUGUCUCCUGAGGCUUCUGAAUAUGAGACUUGUUAUGUCACAUCUCAUAAAGGACCGUGUCGUGUAGCUACAUAUAGCAGAGAUGGACAGUUAAUAGCUACAGGAUCUGCUGAUGCCUCAAUAAAAAUUCUUGAUACAGAGAGAAUGUUGGCCAAAAGUGCUAUGCCUAUUGAGGUCAUGAUGAAUGAGACUGCACAGCAAAACAUGGAAAAUCACCCUGUUAUUCGGACUCUCUAUGAUCACGUGGAUGAAGUUACAUGUUUAGCUUUUCAUCCAACAGAACAGAUCCUAGCAUCUGGUUCAAGGGACUACACACUUAAAUUGUUUGAUUAUUCAAAACCUUCUGCCAAAAGAGCCUUCAAAUAUAUACAGGAAGCAGAGAUGUUGCGCUCAAUUUCCUUUCACCCCUCUGGAGAUUUCAUACUUGUUGGUACCCAGCACCCUACUUUACGACUGUAUGAUAUCAAUACUUUCCAGUGUUUUGUGUCUUGCAAUCCUCAAGAUCAGCACACUGAUGCUAUAUGUUCAGUAAAUUACAACGCAAGUGCAAACAUGUAUGUGACAGGAAGUAAGGAUGGAUGCAUCAAACUGUGGGAUGGUGUUUCAAAUCGCUGUAUCACUACUUUUGAGAAGGCACAUGAUGGAGCUGAAGUCUGUUCUGCUAUUUUUUCCAAAAAUUCAAAGUAUAUCUUGUCAAGCGGAAAAGACUCUGUAGCUAAACUAUGGGAGAUCUCCACUGGUCGAACACUGGUCAAAUACACAGGAGCUGGUUUGAGUGGACGACAAGUACACAGGACACAAGCUGUCUUCAACCACACAGAAGAUUAUGUGCUGCUUCCAGAUGAAAGGACCAUCAGUCUGUGCUGCUGGGAUUCAAGAACUGCUGAACGGAGAAACCUUCUUUCUCUUGGGCACAACAGCAUUGUCCGUUGUAUUGUCCAUUCUCCUACCAAUCCUGGCUUCAUGACCUGCAGUGAUGACUACAGGGCUAGAUUUUGGUACAGAAGGUCAACGACAGACUAAGGACAGCUCUAUAAAACAGCGAUUAUCCAGAUUCAUUAUAUCAUCUUGUAUUGAUUGUACUGCCAACAGAUGCCUAGAUGAAAGCCGUGAUGUGUCUGGUUUUUAAUUCUGUCAAACAUGGCAGAUAAAUAUCAAAAUACUGAGACUUUAAGUUUUGCCCCAUGCUAAUUUUUUUAUUAGUGUGUGUGGCAUUAAUUUUUGUAAGUCAUCUCUAAUUGUACUCAAGGAGUGUGUGGGGGGAGAAUAAAAUGAUCCUUGCAGGAAGGAUUAAACUUGUUCUCCUGUCUUUCUAAAUCCUGCGAAAGAUAAUGUGACUGUAUCUUGCUCAAACUGGGCAGUAUGAGCCAGUUUUGCUCUGCAUUGUAUCUGUGCAAUCCCACUGAAGUCUGUUUAAAGAAUGGAUUACACAAGUAACAGCAGAACUUGGCAAAUAUUUUAAUGAAGCCUUAAGCUGCCUUCAGUUCUGAUUUAUUCUUUGUAAAGCUCUGUUUUGUAUCUUUUAGUCUGGGGGGUUUUUGGUGGAAUUUUUUUUUUUUUAAUUGGCCAAGUGGACCUUCAAUUCUGAGCCAGUCUUGUGCCAUAAGAAUUUGAAACAGAAUUUUAAACUGUUUAGAUGAAUGCAAGAAAUACGGUGUUCUAGUUCUGGUAUUAAAGCUCAGACUUGAAAUCUUGUCUUCUUUUGAAUUUAUCUUGUGGGACCUCAAAGUGAAUUCAUAGUAUUUUCAAGGAAUAUCAUUGCAACUGUAAAAUGUGACAGUCCUGCAGCAUGUGAAAAUGAGAAGAAUUCUGCCAUGGAGACCUUUAGUAUCCUCUCAAAGAAAGAAACUGUUGUGCAUAUUAAUUUCCACAUAUGUACCUCGGAAAUGUCACUUUGCUUCAUUUUAUUAAGGAAUUUUCAUUCUAUGUCUGUUACACAGAACUUGAAUUACGUUCUUUUCUUAAUUAUUCAAAAAUCCAGACUCACCCUUUCUCCUCCCUGUUAUCUCUAACAGUCCAGGUUUCCCAGACCUCAUCCUAUUCAACAGAAGUACACAUCAUUAAGAAACAGUUUAAACCUUCUGUAAGUUUGAUAGUUGCUCUUCGGCUUCACAUUUGGGAGGAUUCCUGUAGUCAACAAUUCAGCACUUGAUUUCAUGAGGAUUUUUAAAUGUAAGAUUGUUCUCACUGCCGGAUUAACUUUCCCUACCACUGAUUAAAUGUCUUGUCAAGGGUUCAUGAAGGUGCCGGAUUUGUCUGUAUUUAAAUAAAGAUUACCUUUUAAAAAGUUA